AUGUCGAAAACAUACCAGGAUCUUGGGCUAUGGAAUUUGCGGAACGUGGGGGGCUACCAAGUUUCAUCCCACCGGUGCAUGCGCAAAGACGUGAUAUAUCGCUCAGCAAACUUGGAUUCUAUUGGGCAUCCCGGGGCUCGUAUACUUCAGUCACAACUAGGAAUCAAAACUAUUUUCGAUCUCAGAAGCACAGUGGAACACAAAAUGCCAAAGGUGCUGCUUGAUGGAGCUGUUGUGUCUUUGCCCGCCGUCGCGAACCCUGAUCGUGAAACCCUCCAGACCUAUUUCGAGGGAAUAUCUACAUCACCAGCGGAAUCUGUCGCUCGCUUAUACAUCCAUACCGCCAAUAACUCGGUGAAGUCUUUCAGAGCUAUAUUCGAGUUUAUCAGAGAUAAUCCGUCGUGCCCUGUGCUAGUGCACUGUGAGCUUGGAAAGGACCGAACAGGUGUCUUUAUCUCUCUGCUCUUGUUCGUCCUUGGUGUGUGGGAGACGGAUAUAAUCUACGACUACACUUUAUCGCAGGACGAGAUUAAGGAUAUUAUCCACGAGAGAAAAGCGAAACUUUUCCAAACUGCUUUUAUGGGCGGGAUUUCCGUUUCACCAAUUGCCCUUGAGAAUCAUUUCAAGGCACUCCCGGGCUCUAUGAAGCUGUUCCUUUCUUACCUGAGAGAGACGUAUCGUGAGGGUCGGGGUUAUCUGUCGUCGCUUGGAUUUAGUGAUGUUGAUUAUGACACGAUCUACAGCAAUCUGAUGGAGAAUCUCUAA